AUGUUCUCGGAGUAUGCAUCAAGGUUCCUGGCCCAGUCGCAGUCUAGAUUAUCCAACUUUGGCCAGGACAACACCGAGAACCCACCACGACAAUCAGACUGGCCGCCGCGGUCUACACGAAAUCAGCGCGAUACAGGACGAGGCAAUGUUCCAGGCAGCAGGUCUUUCUUAGGUCGAGGGAAUCCGUAUCAACAAACCGGCGCCGGUUCUCGAUUCGGUCAACUAGCCUUCGCAUCGCGGAUAUCAGCUGCACAGGAUGCACCUUUAUUUCACAGCACUUUGGACGAGUACCGAGAAGAAGAUGAUGAGGAAGAAAGGGAAAGGGCCGACAUGUUCGCUCUCCAGAGGUCAAGACGAGUAGCAGCAGCGAGCAAACUUGCCGAUAGUGUUGAAUCAGACGCUCACAGCCGCGGAUCUAUGGAAGACAGUUUAAACCACGAGGACCCUUAUCAAGACAUGAGCAUGCGCCGCGGUAUUCGAAGCAGCUGGAAUGGAACUAGAAGUACCCAUCGUCGCGGUUUGGCGAGAGAUACCUUGGUGGAAGAAGCCGAAGAUGAAUCCCGUUCAAGCGACGAUCGGACAAGCAGUCGAACAGAUACCAAGGGCAGGAUGGUCGACGUUGGACUCGAGUCGCAAGAAGAUCCAGAUGAGGACCCUCCAGCUUCACUGCUAGGAGGGGAAACUCCUCGCGAUAGCAGCCCUCCGGCUUUCCAGCGGUUUAAAGGCACAGACACGGAACGAACACCUUUUAUGGCAAGACGGGAGUCCACCACGGAAACUGAAGCCAGCAUGCGACGAGAUGCCCCUCCUCAAGAGGAGCAUGCACAGACAACUAUCCAAUACAUCGAGGGCGAAAUAUUUCGGCACGAUCCCUUCUUCGCCUGGAUCUUCCUUAUCGCUCUUGCCGGCAUGAUGUCGACAUACUUUAUGGUCUGGCUUCAUACAUCACCACGGAAAAGCCCUGUUGGUGAUACGAUUUACAUAACACUGCAGAAGUCAUUUCACAUGCUUGCGGUAGAUACAGUAGUGGCUGUAUUUGUAUCGUUCAUUUGGUUGGCGGCCCUCCGCUCCUUUGUGCGGCCUCUGGUCAGCGUCAUUUUGGUUGCGGUGCCCGUCAUUUUGUUUUCCUUUUCACUCUACUCCUUUGUGUCAUCCUUCAAGGGUCGCACCCACGGAACCAGUAUCCAGGAUUCCGUCAUGAGAUGGGCUUCGAUCGUUCCCGCUGCUGCAUGCAUACUCUGGGUUUGGCUUGUCGUGCGAGGGCGACGAGCUAUCCAGCAGGCGAUUGAGAUUCUCCAGUUUUCAAGCCGCAUCCUGGCCCAGAAUUCAGCGCUGCUGAUCGUUGGAUUUGGGUGUUUGGCCUUGAUUGUACUCUGGACUUGGGCAUGGCUUGCCAUGUUCACCAGGGUCUUCAUGGGUGGUUAUUUCUCCAAGAGUCUCGUGAAAUUCGUGAUUCAGUUAUCGAGUUGGUGGCUCGGGGCUGCCUUCAUCUUCUUGUAUAUGUGGACUGUUUCUGUCAUAAAUGCUGUUCAUCGCGCGACCACGGCUGCCACUGUAUCACAAUGGUACUUCCACCGCAAUGCCGGCCCUGCCACGCCAUCGCGAGAGAUUGUUUCGGCUGCUCUCAAUCACGCACUUACGACGAUCUUUGGAAGCCUUUGCGAGUCGACUCUUUUGUCUCUCUUGAUUCGAGCGCCACUGAUCUUUCUGCCCAGGAAGCUCGGUGCUGCUGUGACCAACAUCGCCUCGUUUUGGAUCCCUACCCCUGUCAUUGCCCUCAUGAAUCCCUUGACCAUUACUUACUCUGCCAUCCACUCACAAAGCCUCGCGACUUCCGCCAGAGGAUUGGAUCAGAUGGAACUGGUUUCCCCAGCAGUACCAACGACAACGUUGACACCUCGAGUUUUGCGCAACCGCGGACAACCUAACGGUCUAUUGCCAUACCGACUAGCCAAACUGCUUCUUGUAGCAACCCGACUUAUUAUGGCGACCGGUCUUGGUUUUGCAGGAUGGGUGAUAACCGCCAAACAGCUUAAGAUCCAACUACCAGACGGCGUCGGUAUGCGAGGUUCUGCUUACGCAUAUGUUGUUGGCAUGAUGGCAAGUUUUAUUGGAUAUUCUGUCAUGGGAGCGAUGGAAGGCAUCUUGAGUGGUAUUGUGGAUGCGGUUCUGAUCUGUUACGGUAGCGAGAGACGUAUGGAGAGAGGACAUGGUCGUUUCUGUCUCGAAGCGGCAUAUCUGUUUGGAGAACGUCGAGGAGGUGAUGCGGUGGAGUAUGCUUAG